UUCUCUUUGAGUAGGCUCUCUCUAUCUCUCUCAAUGGCGUCUGCAGAUGUGGAGUACAGAUGUUUCGUCGGUGGGUUGGCCUGGGCCACCACCGAUCAGUCCCUCGAACAAGCCUUUGCUCAGUUCGGCGACAUCAUCGAUUCGAAGGUCCGUUUGUCGCAGAGAUCGGAUCCGCCCUGAUUCGGCUUUGUUGACACCUGAUCUGAUCUGAUCUUACUGUUACUCUGGUUUUCUUGAUUCUGAUCUGUUACUGUCUCUGUUACUCUAUAUGUUACUGUUUUUGAUUCCCUGGAAUGAUCAUCAAUGAUCGUGAGACUGGAAGGUCAAGAGGCUUUGGGUUUGUGACUUUCAAGGAUGAGCAGUCGAUGAGGGACGCGAUCGAGGGUAUGAACGGCCAGGAUCUUGACGGCCGUAACAUCACUGUCAACGAGGCUCAGUCCCGUGGGAGCGGUGGAGGUGGUGGUGGUGGUUUCCGUAGUGGUGGCCGCCGUGAUGGUGGUGGAUAUGGUGGCGGCGGUGGCGGUCGUCGGGAUGGUGGUGGAUAUGGUAGCGGCGGCGGCGGCGGCUAUGGUGGUGGUGGUUAUGGCGGUGGCCGUCGUGAGAGUGGUGGAUAUGGUGGCGGUGACCGUGGGUAUGGUGAUGGUGGGUCCCGCUACUCCAGCAGGAGUGGUGGGGGUUCCGAUGGUAGCUGGAGGAGCUAGGUUUUAGGAUUUGGCGGUAAUCUGUUAUGGGUUUGGUAAUAUCAAUUGUUUUCUGCAUGAGGGGGUGUGUUUGGGGGUUUGGGUUAUAGAUCUUUAAUGCAAUGUGGUUCUUUCUAUGAUUUGGUGUGUGACUCUCUUUUUUGACCGCUUGUUCGCUCUCUAUACUGUUGUUCUCUAAGAAUUACAAAUAUAUGAGGAAUGAAGUGAAUGGAGGUUCAGGGUUUAUUAUUGUUCUUGUGAAUUGUUCUCACUCCCUUCGCUAAAUUAUUUUUAUGCAUUUUUCAUACUCUAAAUCGUGGGUUGUGUUGUUUAUUUCGAAGGGGUUUUUGAGAGUUGGUGUGGUUUGUGGCCCAAGGAAUGAUGGCACACAUCAAUGUUUGGCUUUAUAAUUUACCAUGUGAGAGUUAACAUUUUUAUUCGAAAGUCCAUGCAAUCGUGAGAUCACGAGCUCGCGGUACCAGUAAAAAAAUCAGUUGUGGAAAUGAA